AACCCAUAUCUAAAAAUUAUAUAUAUAUAUAUAUAUAAAACAUUAAUGAAAAUAACGAAGGAGAGAAAGAGAAAGAGAACAUACGCGAAUGGGAAGCGGGAAGCAUCGAUGGCGUCUCUCCUUCCACCGCUCACGUUCACCAUCUCCCUCGCCGGAGCCACCGCCGGAGUUUCUUUGCCCGUUGUCAUCCACUCUCAUGGCCGACCCUGUCAUCGUCCCCUCCGGCCACACCUUCGAACGCGCAGUCAUUCAAGCUUGCAAUGACCUCCACUUCGUCCCUCCUAUCAUCUCCUCCCAAUCCUCUCCUCUUCUUCUCAUCCCUAACUCCGCUCUCGCUUCCGCCAUUUCUCGCUGGUGCGAGCUUUCCGGCCAUCCUCACCCUGUUCCUCUCCCUUUGGACUCAGCCCUAGCUCUUGUUCGCCGGCUUAUGGCCGUCGAUGAUGGCGGCCCUAAGUCGUGCUCCACUUCGAGCGAGGAUGCUACUCCGACCCCCACCCCCACCGCCACCGCCUCCGCCUUCUCAGUGUCCUCUUCGUCCUCCUCGGAAAUUGUGGACGAAACCCUAGACGAUCCGCUGGAAAUCGAGAUUCUAAACAAGAUCAAAGACCCUAGGGUUUCGGAGCAAGAAUCGGGGCUGAUCUCACUUCGACGAGCAACGCGAGAAGGGCAGGAGAGGCGGAUCUCGCUAUGCACGCGGCGGCUCCUGGCGGCGCUCCGGCCGAUGCUAGUCUCCCGGUACGAAUCGAUCCAAGGCAACGCCGUGGCGGCGCUGGUGAAUCUAUCACUGGAGGCGAAGAACAAAGUCCCGGUGGUACGAUCCGGGGCGGUGCCGGCGCUGGUGGACGUGCUCCGGUGCGGGCAUGACGAGGCACGGGACCACGCGGCGGGGGCGAUCUUCAGCCUAGCGAUGGAGGACGAGAACAAGGCGGCGAUCGGGGUGCUCGGAGCGGUGCCGCCAUUGAUCCACCUGUUGUGCAGGUCGGUGGAGAAGGAUCUAGCACGGCGGGACGCCGGAAUGGCGAUAUACCACCUCUGUCUCGCAUCAUCGAAUAGGGCGAGAGUGAUGAAGACGCCGGGGGCGGUGAGGGGGUUGUUGGGGGUGGCGAAGGAGGGAGGAGAGAUAGGGAAAGUGGCGAUGAGAGUAAUAGGAGUAAUCGCCGGAGCAGGGGAGGGGAGGACGGCGAUGAUGGAUGCCGGAGCGGUGUCGGUGAUGGUGGAGAUGAUGAAGAAGGGGAUCGAUGAAGAAGGGUGUGUUGUGGCGAUGUAUGGGAUGAGUAGAGGGAGUGGAUGGAGGUUUAGAGGGUUGGCGAGGGAGGUGGGGGCGGAGGAGGUGGUGGAGAGGGUGGUGGAGAAGGAGGGAAGGACGGAGAUGGUGAAGGAGAUGGGGAGGAGAGUGGUGAAGACGAUGAGAGGGGAAAUGGAAAUGGAGAUGGAGAUGGAGAUGGGGAGGAGUGUGAGAUCUGAGAAUGGGGAGUGGUUGGGGAGGAAGAUGAUGAUGGGAAGAAGGGAUUUGGGUGGUGGUGCUGGUGCUGGUGGUGAGUUGGAAGCGGUUAACUCGGCCGAGUUCUGAGAAUUUGAU